GCACCAAUUAUCAAGAAAAUAAGCAAUGCCAAAUAAAUAAACCCAACUUCAUUAAUACAAAAUUUAGGACAAAGAAGAGUAUUUGAUUCCCUCUUUGGCAUUCCAGAAUUCUCUCUCUCUCUCUCUCUCUCUCUCUCACACACACACACACACACCUUUACUUUCUUCCCUACAGGCUCUCCCUUGGGUAUACUACUCAACCUUCCAUAUUCACCUCUACCCUCUUUGUCUCUUUCACUUUCUUCUCUUUUGAAAAAACGGUUUGUACUGAUUACCAUGUAGAAAAGAAAAAAAAAAAAAAAAAAAAAAAAGUGGCAUCACAUUGUCUGUGGGGUCUCCUACUUAAGUGGGUUUCCUACAAAUUCAGAACCUUUGAAAUCUUCUGUGUUUGAGCAUUUUGCUCUUUGAUGUUCUACUGGUGGGAAGAACAACAAUGAUGAGGAAUAGGAUUGUUUUGCUUCUCAUUCUUGUUGUUUUGUCUGGUGGGUUUUCCUCAGCUUCAGCCACACCUCCUCCUGCAAAAAUUAUAAGUGGGGUUGUCUCCAAUGUGGUGUCUGCUCUAGUUAAAUGGCUGUGGUCCCUGAAACCCACCACCAAAACUGUAUCUUCUAGCCGUUCAAUGAUGAAAUUUGAGGGUGGGUUUACAGUGGAGACAGUGUUUGAUGGAAGUAAGAUGGGAAUAGAACCAUAUUCAGUUGAAGCAUCCCCAAGUGGAGAACUAUUGGUUUUGGACUCUGAGAAUAGUAACAUCUACAAGAUCUCAACUCCAUUGUCUCGGUAUAGCCGGCCUAAGCUGGUUGCUGGAUCACCUGAAGGGUACUCUGGGCAUGUUGAUGGGAGGCCAAGAGGAGCAAGAUUAAACCAUCCAAAAGGCCUGACAGUUGAUGACAGAGGAAACAUUUAUGUUGCAGACACCAUGAACAUGGCUAUCAGGAAGAUAAGUGAUGCUGGUGUGACGACUAUUGCCGGUGGAAGAUGGGGUAGAGCUGGUGGGCAUGUUGAUGGCCCAAGUGAAGAUGCAAAGUUUUCAAAUGAUUUUGAUAUCAUUUAUGUGGGAAGUAGCUGCUCUCUUUUGGUUAUAGAUAGAGGAAACCAAGCAAUCCGAGAGAUCCAACUCAAUCAUGAUGACUGCUCUUCCCAAUAUGAUGGUAGUUUCCAUUUAGGAAUAGCUGUCUUGGUUGCAGCUGGAUUCUUUGGUUAUAUGUUGGCAUUGCUUCAGCGUAGGGUGCGGGCAAUGUUUUCUUCUAAAGAUGAUAUAAGAACUCCCAUAAAUAGAGUCACACCAGUUCCGCCAUAUCAGAAGCCCCCUAAGUCUGUCAGACCUCCUUUGAUUCCAACAGAAGAUGAAUUUGAGAGACCAGAAGAGGGCUUUUUUGGUUCCAUUGGGAGACUUUUCCUCAAUACCGGCUCAUCCAUGGCUGAAUUAUUUGGGGGAAUAUUUUCAAGCUUCAGAAGGAAACCUCUUCAUUAUCAGAUUCAGCAGCAAUAUCAUCAAGGGUACAAACAAACAAAUGCAUGGCCCAUGCAAGAAAGCUUUGUGAUUCCAGAUGAAGAUGAGCCUCCAACAAUAGAAACCAGAACCCCAACACCAAAGAGAACCUAUCCAUUCAUGACUAAGGACCUGGAGAAAAACCACAACCACCAUUAUAAGCAAAGUCGGGCUUACUAUAAUGGAUGGGAUGAUGGGGAAUAUCCUAAGCAUCAACAGCAGCAGAUGCAGCACCAGCAACAACAACAACAGCAGCAUCAUCAUAGGCAUUACUCGUCGAGCCCAAAAACUUACUACGAGCAGAAUUGUGAGACAAAUGAGAUUGUGUUUGGUGCAGUUCAGGAACAAGAUGGACGGCGUGAAGCAGUGGUUAUAAAGGCUGUAGAUUAUGCAGAUCCUAUGUAUAAUCACCACAAUAUUCGACCACGUUUUAAUUACGUGGGUUACUCGCAUGAUUAUUGAUCUUCUUUUACUACAUCAAGGGACAAAAAGUGCACUUCCAUUUUUAUAUCAGAAAUGCGAAAACCAGGCUAAGGAAGUAAAUGGGGAAAGGAGGCCUUCACUGUUUAUUCCAUUUUUUCUUUUUUUCUUUUUAGGGCAACUCUCCAUCGUUUUUCCUCUAUAAUAGCAUAUGCAACAAAAGUAACAUACUAAAUUUUAUUUGUAUUUUCUUUUGACUAGGAAUCAAGAAAAAGAAUUAGUACUCCCACAUAUUACAGCUGCCUAAAACUUUAAAGUGUUUUGUCAUCAAUGAUUACUGUUGGCUGCCAUUCAGAGGCCAAAGUCAGAAGUCAAGCAAUAUU